AUGCGCAAAGCGAGGGACCGCGUGAACCUCGGGGAGGUAGGGGUUGGCAGUCUGCGCACGAGACGGGGCGCGACGGGUGCGCUGGUGUUGGAGGUCCCGGGCCCGGAUGGUCACGCCAAGGCGGAUGCGCUGGCGGUCCAGUUGGGGGAGGCGCUCAGAGAUCAGGAGGGGGUAGUUGUAGCGCGCCUCCACAAGAUGGCGGACAUCCGGGUACGGGACCUGGAGGACUCAAUCUCCCCGGAAGCGGUCGCGGCAAGGAUUGCGGAGGCUGGAGAAUGCGCGCAGACCCUCGUUAAGGUCGGGGUUAUCCGCACGAUCCGGGACGACCUGGGGUUGUGA